CAAAUGAGAGGAAGUACUGAGAAGAAGCCAGUUAUUACAUUGCACUGUCCAUUUUAGGCUUUGUUUGGAUUCUAUUUUAGUAGGUUCUAGUACUGAAAUUAUAUUUGACAAUGCUAAGGCAUUGUACUGGAUUUAGAGUUUCCCUGGUUGUACUAUAUGCUAUAUCAGUCUGUCUAAAUUAUGCAGUGGCCAUCCAGGUGACCUCCACAGGGCCACAGACAAUCAAGCAACCACAGGGAGCGAAUAUUACUUUGGGCUGUACCUAUAGUGAGAGCCCAUCUGACACUGGGCAGCUGGAUGUCGAGUGGUCCAUUCUCAGUCCAGACAUGACUCAGAAAGACAAGUUGAUCUUAUCUUACUCUGGGGGAAACGAGUACAAAUUUGGUGACCCAAGCCUGAUGAGUCGACUAAAGUUUGUGGGUGACCCCAGCCGAGGAGAUGCCAGCAUCAUCAUCUCUCCCCUGCGUGUCUCUGAUACAGCCACCUACGAGUGCAAAGUGAAGAAGCUACCUGGUAUAGACACAAGGAAGAUCACUUUAGUGAUACUUGUGAAGCCCUCUGUGCCCAAAUGUUGGGUUCAAAAUGGUGAGGAGAUUGGAAGCACUGUCUCACUGGCAUGCAAAUCAUCUGAGGGUUCAAUUCCUAUAAUCUACACAUGGACAAAAGAGAAUGGUGCGGCAAUGCCACCCACUGCAUCCCAGAGUCCUCAGACUGGAGAACUGCUAAUCUACAACCAUUCACAGAGCUACACAGGCACCUAUGUGUGUGCAGUCAACAAUGACGUAGGGAAGGAGCAAUGCAAGUACACACUGAGUGCAUAUAAUGCAACCAGCAAGGCUGGAAUAAUUGCAGGGGCUGUGAUAGGUGCAUUGCUACUUUUGCUGCUACUCUUAUUGUUAAUCUGGCUUCUUGUAUGCUGCUGCCAGAAAAAACGCUAUGAAAAGGAAACUGCCAAUGAAAUCAAGGAGGAUGCUGCAGCACCAGAAAGUCGUCCCGGUAGCAGGUUUUCUAGUUUCCGCUCCAUCAUGGGUUACCACCCCCACCAGGGAGUCACCUACAGUUCAGUUAGGAAUGGUAAACCAGGAAGGGCUGAUUCAAACAAGAGAAGCUUCAGUAACAGCCAGAGUCAAGCAACUUCACAAGGCCCAAUAACAUACAACAGCAAAUAUGGCUAUGCUGUUUGAACACAGUCACCUUGCCAAAAACAGGUUAUUAUGCCGAACAGAUGAAAUGCUUGAACUGUAUAUUCCUAAUGCAUCAUGAAUUUUCAUGCAAUUGCUUUGUUUCUCUGCAGUGUUUUUCUGAGGCACCGCCCACAAUGUCAGUCUUUUCGAUGUGACAAUUAUGUAUUUUCUAUUUUUUAUGUAAGUCAUUUUCUUGUUGGGGGAAAAAACUGGGUUCAUAAGAAUUUAUUUUUUAAAAAAACAUAAAGGAAACUAAUAGUAAAUAAAUAUAUAAACAAACGGUUUGAUAUGUCGUUUUGCCUUGGGGAAAAAUGUCAAACCUUGUGGAUAAACAUGUGGACAACUUUUAACAAAACUUUGUUUAGUAGUACUAAGUAUUUGGAAAAAUGUUUCCUGGACAGUUUGUGUUAAAUGAAACCAAAUAUUAAGGUUAAAUUUGGACACUUGCCAAACAUGGGUCUGAUGGAAUUGUUCUCAAGCCACGUUUUACAGUCAUCGAUUUAUAAUGUGGCUUGCGGCCCUCCAGCCUCUUACUUUUUCUUUCUUUUUGUGGAAAACGUGUUGUUUCAAAGAGUUGACCUAUUCUCUUA